AAAAAUCGAUUUAGUUCGACGAGGAAAAACGACCCCCGCGUCCAACACACCAGCCCCAAGCCAGAGGGAGAUUAGUAGUAGUAACGACAGUCCUUCAAACAUUACGCAGUCAAUCGUCGGGCAAUACUCCAAGGUUUGCCCAGCAGAGAGUAAAAGAAAAAGAAGUGUGAAGAUAACACAGAACGUGCAGCGCAAACAAAACGAGUGAAAGUGCAAAAUUAUAACAUAAAUCUAUGCUACUGGCGUUUUCAACAAUUUCUUCCAGCCAGUAACAGCCUCAGUCAACGUCAGCCCCCGUAGCACCCAGCACCGAGAAUCGAGCGUUUCCACCCCCAACAAUAAAAAAAAAGAGUGCACGCCGCUUUGUGGGUUAUUAAAUAAAUUGAAGCAUUAACAGGCAAGUCAACUAACUCAAACCCGUUCACAGCAACCGCGUCGUUGACAUCGAGCCACACAAGCCCCAACAACAACAACAAAAACAACAGCAACACGAUGGCGUUCGCUGGACUAAAGAAACAGAUCAACAAAGCCAACCAGUAUAUGACGGAGAAAAUGGGCGGUGCGGAGGGCACCAAGCUGGAUAUGGACUUUAUGGAUAUGGAGCGUAAGACGGACGUGACCGUGGAACUGGUGGAGGAGCUGCAGCUGAAGACCAAGGAAUUUCUGCAGCCAAAUCCAACGGCGCGUGCCAAAAUGGCCGCCGUGAAAGGCAUCUCGAAGCUGUCGGGACAGGCUAAGUCCAAUACGUAUCCCCAGCCUGAAGGUCUGUUGGCUGAAUGCAUGUUGACUUAUGGUAAGAAGCUCGGCGAGGACAACAGCGUGUUCGCGCAGGCGCUCGUCGAAUUCGGCGAAGCGCUGAAACAAAUGGCCGACGUCAAGUAUUCGCUGGACGACAACAUCAAGCAGAACUUUUUGGAGCCCCUGCAUCAUAUGCAGACCAAAGACCUUAAGGAGGUCAUGCACCAUCGAAAGAAGCUGCAGGGCCGGCGUCUCGACUUUGACUGUAAACGUCGCCGACAGGCCAAAGAUGAUGAAAUUCGUGGUGCUGAGGAGAAGUUCGCCGAGUCAUUGCAGUUGGCGCAAGUAAGCAUGUUCAAUUUAUUGGAGAACGAUACUGAACAUGUCUCACAACUCGUGACCUUCGCUGAAGCACUUUACGAUUUUCACUCUCAGUGCGCCGAUGUACUGCGUGGCCUGCAGGAGACGCUACAGGAGAAACGUGCCGAGGCUGAGAGCCGGCCACGCAAUGAAUUUGUGCCCAAGACGCUGCUCGAUCUGAACUUGGACGGCGGUGGCGGCGGCCUCAUUGAUGACGGCACGCCGUCCCACAUUAGCUCGAGCGCCUCGCCGUUGCCCUCGCCGAUGCGCUCGCCCGCCAAGUCAAUGGCCGCGACACCGCAUCGCCAGCAGCAGCCAUGCUGCCAGGCCCUCUACGACUUCGAUCCCGAGAACCCAGGCGAACUGGGCUUCAAGGAGAACGACAUCAUAACGCUCCUCAAUCGCGUCGACGACAAUUGGUACGAAGGUGCCGUCAAUGGCCGAACCGGCUACUUCCCCCAGUCGUACGUGCAGGUGCAGGUCCCCCUGCCCAAUUAGAUUGCCUGCAUGUUGAUCAUAAUAACAAACUGAAUGUUGGUUUCGCAGCUUGGCACAUAGUAUAAAUGCAAAAAGAGAUGCAGACAAUUGUAGAUGGUUAUAUAUGGUUAGAGUUACGAUUACGGCUUAGCUAGCACAGCACCUUCAUGUGGCCAUAAAAACAUCUAUUGAAACGGCGCAAAUGCGAAACAAAAAAUA